CAUGUGGGCGGCUACUUCCAAUCUUUCUCGACAUGCUACCACAGGCAGAGCUUGCAGCUGAGGUCUCAUCGCAGACAGACCUCGCCGCAAAUGCUGGCGCGGCCAGGAAUCAUGCGGCAGGGCAAGGCUACCUGCUACUACAUCGAUUCUCCCGCCAACCUCCCGGGGAACAUGCAAUCAAAUUUCGAAGGCUCGAUCUUCAGCAGAUGUGCAAGUAUAGGCUUUCAUCGACGGGAGAAACUCCCAGCGGACGAGGAGACGAGGAGAAAGCUCAAAGAUAGUGGCAUUCUCACUAAAGGAUACGCUGAAAGAGUUAACCAAGUGGUGUUCGCCGCGUGCGAAGAAUAUCGGAAUAUCAAGCGGACAUGUGCUUGACCUUUGACAAUGACAUCGAUCUUCAAACCAUCUUCAAGGACGUGGUCGUCAACCCCGCUCAGGAUGUAAGGAUAUUCGGAAAGCAUGGAGUCGAGUACAUCUGCUUUGAAAUCACGGAGACGCCUGGCAAAAUCUUUGAAAAGCUGUUUCAGGUCAAUC